AUGGCUGCCUUUGUCCGAAAAUAUUUAAAACAUUAUUCAGUAUGUCUCGAACGAAAAGGUCACUCUGGUCCAAAACAAGUUUUGAGUGCAAUAAGAACUUGGGCACGUGGAGAGAUUCAAGAUGAUGCAAGAGAUCUAAGUGAAAUGAGUCAGCCAACAAUAUCACUUGUAUGCAAGCAAGUAGCUUUGGCACUAGUAGCACAUAGAGACCAGUGGAUUAAAAUGCCACAAAGUGAUAUAGAGCAGAACAAAGUGAUUGCAGAAUUCUAUUCAAUAUGUGGAUUUAGACAAGAAAGGAUACAGUUCUAUAAAUGUAUAAGUUGUGUCAAAUGC